CCCGAGCAGCCUCUUACGCGCGGGAAGCAGCGCAAAUUCACGGACCAAAGAGAAGGCGCCAGGGACCAGAAUGGCCACAACAACCUCCAGUGCCCCCCAUGGUUGCCGCAGCAGCCUGGACUACAGAUACCACAGGCUUUGUGAUUUGGGUGAAGCUUGGGGCAUCGUCCUAGAAACGUUGACCGGCGUUGGGGCUGUGACCUCGGUGGCCUUCAUGCUCGCUCUCGUGGUCCUCGUCAGCAAGGUGCAGGACUCCAACAAGCGCAAAUUGCUCCCAGUCCAGUUUCUCUUCCUCCUGGGUGUGCUGGGGAUCUUCGGCCUGACCUUCGCCUUCAUUAUCAGACUCGACAGCAGCACGGGGCCCACACGCUUCUUCCUCUUCGGCGUCCUCUUUGCGCUCUGUUUCUCCUGCCUCCUGGCUCAUGCUUGCAACUUGACAAAGCUGGUCCGCGGGAGGCAGGCCCUCUCCUUGCUGAUGAUGCUGGGCCUGGCUGUGGGCUUGAGCCUGGUGCAGGACAUCAUUGCUAUCGAAUACCUGGUCCUCACCAUGAACAGGACCAACGUCGCCAUCUUCUCUGAGCUCUCUGCUCCUCGGCGCAAUGAAGACUUUGUCAUGCUGCUCAUCUAUGUCCUCUUCUUGAUGGCGCUGACCUUCCUCACAUCCUGCCUCACCUUCUUUGGAUCCUUCACUGGCUGGAAGAGACACGGAACCCACAUCUUCUUCACCAUGCUCCUCUCCAUCGCCUGCUGGGUGGCAUGGAUCACCCUGCUCUUGAUUCCUACCCCUGGCCCCCAGUGGGAUGAUACCAUCCUCAGCACAGCCUUGGUUGCCAAUGGUUGGAUUUUCCUGUUGUUUUAUAUCGUACCUGAGCUUCGCCUGCUCACAGAGCAACAGAACCCCAUGGAUUACCCUGUUGAGGAUGCUCUUUGUAAACCUCAACUCAUGAAGCAGAGCUAUGGUGUGGAGAACAGAGCCUACACUCAAGAGGAAAUCGCUCAAGGUCAGGAAGAGCCAGGUGACACACCCUAUGCCCCUUAUUCCACCCAUUUUCAGCUUCAGAAUCGGACUCCCCCAAAGGAUUUCUCCAUUCCACGGGCCCAUUAUGAUGUCAGCCCUUACAAUGAUUACGAAGGAAGGAAAGAUGGCAGUUAACUGUUCUGAAGAGUGGGACUAACACAGCAAGUCAGCAGAACCAGCGGGGAAUUCAAAAGGACGUGGGCUAAAUCCGAGUCUUCUAUGGAAACUGUUCGAAACGUUAUGGGAAGACCUUGCCUCCCUGACAGCCUCAACCACUGUUCUUCUGUUCUGGAGUUGACGGGGGCUAAUUACACUCCAGUUCUUAGCAGCACUGUAGUGUUUUUCCUUUGUCCCAUCCUUAGGAUACUUCUUUUAAGUGGGGUCUCAGACACCUCAGGGUUAGCCUCUUACUGUUCCCUGUCAUUUGAU